GCUAGCGAUCGAGAGAUCAUCUGCAUUCACAUUGGCCAGGCUGGAUGCCAAAUCGGCAAUGCUUGCUGGGAGCUCUUUGGCCUAGAACAUGGAAUCGGCACAGACGGACUUAUGCACGAUAGUUAUCUGACGGAUGAUACCAACUACAGAACCUUUUACAGUGACACCGGGCACGGCAAACUUGUGCCUAGAUGUGUAUUCUUUGAUUUGGAACCUUCAGUUAUUGGUAAUUAA